AUCGUGGUGCCACCAGACGCUCCCUCAACAUGCAGAACGAUGCCGGCGAGCUUGGGGGCCUGUACAUGCUGCGGAAAUGCUCCGCCGGCAACCGCGUCAUCGGCGCCAAGGACCAUGCGUCCAUCCAGAUGAACGUGGCUGAGGUUGACAAGGUGACAGGCAGGUUCAAUGGCCAGUUUAAAACCUACGCUAUCUGCGGGACCAUUCGCAGUAUGGGUGAGUCAGAUGACUCCACUCUCCAACUGGCCAAGGCAGAUGGCAUCAUCUCAGAGAACUUCUGCCUAGAGAGGAACCUGGGUGUGGAAUGUUUGUCAUAA